AUGAAAGAGAAGAGACGCACCGGACCGCGACCGGACCGCGACCGGACCGCAUCCCGGACCGCAUCCCGGACCGCAACCGGACCGCAACCGGACCGCAUCCCGGACCGCAACCGGACCGCGACCGGACCGCGACCGGACCGCAUCCCGGACCGCAUCCCGGACCGCGACCGGACCGCAUCCCGGACCGCAUCCCGGACCGCGACCAGACCGCAUCCCGGACCGCAUCCCGGACCGCAACCGGACCGCAUCCCGGACCGCAACCGGACCGCAUCCCGGACCGCGACCGGACCGCAUCCCGGACCGCAUCCCGGACCGCGACCGGACCGCAUCCCGGACCGCAUCCCGGACCGCGACCGGACCGCAUCCCGGACCGCGACCGGACCGCAUCCCGGACCGCAUCCCGGACCGCGACCGGACCGCAACCGGACCGCAUCCCGGACCGCAACCGGACCGCAACCGGACCGCGACCGGACCCGCAUCCCGGACCGCGACCGGACCCGCAUCCCGGACCGCGACCGGACCGCAUCCCGGACCGCAACCGGACCGCAACCGGACCGCAUCCUGGACCGCAUCCCGGACCGCAACCGGACCGCGACCGGACCGCAUCCCGGACCGCAACCGGACCGCAACCGGACCGCAUCCCGGACCGCAUCCGGACCGCAUCCCGGACCGCAACCGGACCGCAUCCCGGACCGCAACCGGACCGCAUCCCGGACCACAUCCCGGACCGCAACCGGACCGCAUCCCGGACCGCAUCCCGGACCCGCAUCCCGGACCCGCAUCCCGGACCGCAGGAGCCUGCGCUCCCCGCAUCCCGGACUGCAUCCCGGACCGCAUCCCGGACCCGCAUCCCGGACCGCAUCCCGGACCCGCAUCCCGGACCGCAACCGGACCGCAUCCCGGACCGCAACCGGACCGCAUCCCGGACCGCAACCGGACCGCAUCCCGGACCGCAACCGGACCGCAUCCCGGACCGCAUCCCGGACCGAGCCCGCGCUCCCCGCAUCCCGGACCGCAUCCCGGACCCGCAUCCCGGACCCGCAGCCGCUCACCGCCGCCGCCGCGCGCUGUCCUCGCGGACCGCUGGAGAGCACGUGCGUGACGGAGUUCCCGGCGUCACGUCCGCCUCGCACGUCACCGCGUCCUCCCGACCGCGUGCGCCGGAGGGCGUUUCCCGCCGGGCACGCCCCCUCCCCCACGCGCGUCCAAGUCUUCGCGGGUUUCCGCCCCCGCUCCGGGGAGCGCUGCGUGGCGGUGUGUGCGGGUCGCUGGGCCGCGGCGCUCGGGGCUCCCCCGUUCCCGCCCGCAGCCUCGCCGCCGGCCGGGCCUUCCGUCAGCGCAGCCGCGCUCUCGGCCCGGGAGGCCGCCGGCCCCGCCCCCACCGCCGCGCCUCUCGGACGCCCCGACCCGCCCGGGCCGUGCAGCGGGGCGGCGGCUGGGAGCGCGGGGACCACGGCUGCUGCUCGGCUCGGGGACGCCCGGGCGGAAUCCCCAGGGCCGCGGAACCCCCAGGGCCGCGGAACCCCGAGCCUCCCGACGGCGGCGCGUCCCCACAGGACGGACGGGCGCGAGGAGGCGGUGGCGCCGGCGGCCUGUGGGUCGCUCCGCCCCCGCCCGCCCCGCCGCGGCCCGGAGAAGGCGGCGUCUGACGCGGGGGCGGGCGUCGGUCCGGACAGGCGCGCGGUCUCCGCGGGACGGACGCCGGCCGGUCCCCCUGCGGCGGGAGCGCCUGGCGGAGAGGCCUGUCGGGGCCGCGGACCGUGUUCCCAUCCAGCAGCGCCGACGCCCCGGAACCGGCCCCGCGGCGGGCCUGGCCACGUCCGCCCGCAGCCGGGACAGCGGCCGCGUCCAGCUCUCAGGAAGCCCCGCCGCUCGGCGCUCCUCUGCGGGCCGCGUUCCUGCGGGAGGUGGACAGCGGCCUGGGCGGGCGGCGCUCCGGCCCUGUCCGACCCCCGCCGGCCUGCAGGGCUCUGCUCGGCGGACACGGACGCCCCGCGGACGCGCGGAGACGACGGCCGCAGACGGCCGGACGCGCUGAUGAGCCGUGUGUCCGAGGCAAGUCGCUGGUCGUCGGGGGGCUCGGUCCGCGCGGCCGGAGGAUACCAGGACCCCUGGCGCGGUUUGUCCGUCUGA